GCGCAGGUGCUGAGUGAUUGCGCGUCUUUGGAAAAGGGUGUUCGUAUCCUCGCUCGCCUUCAGGAGUCCGGUUUUUGUCUUUUGCUGCAAAUAUGAGUGCCACAGGAGGGACGCCUUACAUUGGCAGUAAGAUAAGUUUGAUAUCAAAGGCGCAGAUUCGUUAUGAAGGCAUCCUGUCCUCUGUGGACACGGAAAGGUCCACGGUGGCUUUAGCUAAAGUAAAGUCUUAUGGCACAGAGGAUCGACACACAGACCGUCCAGUGCCACCCAAAGAUGAAAUCUAUGAAUACAUAAUAUUCAGAGGAAGUGACAUCAAGGACAUAACUGUGUCUGAACCUCCUAAACCGCACAUGGGACUUCCUCGAGAUCCAGCUAUUGUUCAGUCAUCACUUGGCCCUUCUGCUGGAUAUCAUCCCCGCUGGAGUCCGUACAGGGACAUGGUGCCUACCUUCAAUCAGCUUGCUGCAAGUUCUCUGCUCAACCAACAGUACAAUGCAGCACUAGGCCUGAUACCAGGAAUUCAGGGCCAAGGUAGAAGAGUUCCGAUGGUGGAGCAGGCUGUUCAGACCGUGCCUUUGGCCAUGGCUGCACAGGGAAAAGGAAAGGUCUCAACACCGCCGCGGAGCAGGCAGCCUCCUCGCCAAAUCCAGAGUUCUGCUCAGAGUGGUGUUCGUGCCGAAAAGGAAAACGUCCCCACUGGUCGGGCUCCAUCACAGGCAGCUGCAAAAAUACAAGGGCAGGGCACCGAAAACCAACGGAGACGACAAGGAAGUCGCAGGUCCAGGACCAGAAGCAGAGGACAGCUUCUUGCUAAAAAUUCUAAAGCAACAACUUUGGAGUUUGACUCAGACUUUGACUUUGAAACUGCAAAUGCUCAGUUCAAAGAUGAUCUGACAAAGGAAGUCAUAGUUGAAAAGGUGGAGUCCGGCGAGGUCCAGGACAAUCAGGAUGUGCAAGAGGAGACUCUGACAGAAAAGUACUACGACAAAGCCAAAUGCUUUUUUGAUAACAUCCCAUCAGAUGUUAAGCCCAGGAGAACAACCUGGGCAGAGGAAAAGAAGUUGAACAUCGAGACGUUUGGUGUGCCGGGCCGAUUCCUGCGAGGCAGAGGUUUCAGAGGGCGUGGCCGCAAAGUGCCGAGCGUCACUGAGCAGCGAGCUCUUCCAAAGAUUGGAAGUGGGAGAGUGUAAUUUUUUUUUUUUGUCAGUCUCCCUUGAAUAUUUGUUUUGGGGUUUUUUUUUUAAGCAUUUAAGAAACUUGAAUCUUUCCAUCCUUUGCAUGAAAAAGAGGGAGUUUAUUUUUAAAAAGUAGCUAUGCACUAAAAGCAAAACAAUCGGUAGUUGUAAGCAUGUGAGGUAGACUUUCAUGCAAUUCAGCAAACAUAACUUUUUUUUUUUCCCUCUGUAAUUUGUGGAACUGUUCACUGCCACACUUCAGAUGGUCAUAAAGGACCAUUGUGUGUUUUUUUUUUCUUUGCUAUCUAAAUGGAGAAAUGUAGCAGUUGCUAUUAAAAUACUUGUCAAUGGAGA